GUCACGCGCCGCCGGCCGCUUCCGGCGCGCCGCGAGGGCAGCCGGGACGGGUUUUCCUAGCUAUCCGAGGUGUGCUGCUGGUGCUGGUGCUGCUGAACCGGUGCCGCGGCGACGCCCGUGUCCCUGCUGUCUUCCUCGGGCUCCCCGGGGCUUGACCCCCGGGGCUCUCGGCAGGCGUCGGUGAAGAGCCUGCGGAGAGAACCUGUGCUCCCACAGCCGCCUUCUACAACCCCGUAUCACGACUCCGAGGAAGGGGAGAGAGAGGGGCUGUCGCGACUCCGUGCCGUGUGUCGCCGGGCGGGGCCGCGGGGCCGGGGCUCCUCUAGCCCCCGGGAUGCGCGCGCGAGCCCUCGUCUCCACUUCCUUGUUGCCACUGCCACGACUGGAGCCGCCUCUCUCCGACAGCGGGGAGCGCGAGUACGCUGGCCAGCCCCCCCGUCGAGCCCCCUGGCCGGGCGCCUCUGGGAAUGUGAGCCGCGCGGCUUGCACGCUUCUCCGGCCAUGGAUGCAUCAUAUGAUGGUACUGAGGUAACUGUCGUGAUGGAGGAAAUUGAGGAAGCCUACUGUUACACCUCCCCUGGGCCACCCAAGAAGAAGAAAAAGUAUAAAAUACAUGGAGACAAGGCCAAGAAACCCAGGUCUGCUUACCUUCUGUACUAUUACGACAUCUACCUGAAAGUGCAGCAGGAGCUCCCCCACCUCCCUCAAUCUGAGAUCAAUAAGAAGAUUAGUGAGAGUUGGAGGCUUCUCAGUGUGGCCGAGAGGAGUUACUACUUGGAGAAAGCCAAACUAGAGAAAGAAGGUUUGGAUCCUAACUCUAAACUCUCUGCAUUGACCGCUGUGGUUCCGGACAUCCCAGGUUUCCGCAAGAUCCUCCCUCGCUCAGAUUAUAUCAUCAUCCCCAAGAGCAGCCUGCAGGAGGAGCGGAGCUGCUCUCAGCUAGAGCUGUGUGUGGCCCAGAACCAAAUGUCCCCUAGAGGACCAUCCCUUGUGUCCAACACUGCCCUGGAGACAGUGCCCAGCCAUGCAGGCAUGGCAGAACAAUGUCUGGCUGUGGAGGCCUUAGCUGAGGAUGUGGGAGCCCUUGCCCAGCCAGGUGCUGUACAGGAGAUCACCACCUCAGAGAUCCUCGGCCCGGAUGUGCUCCUAAAUGAGGCUUCCCUGGAGGUAGGGGAGAGCCACCAACCUUACCAGACAAGCCUGGUAAUUGAAGAGACCUUAGUGAACGGCUCACCAGACCUCCCCACUGGAAGCCUGGCUGUGCCCCACCCCCACCUUGGGGAGAGCAUGUCAGUGGUAACAGUCAUGAGGGAUGCCAGUGAGAUUAGCUCCUCUGCGCCAGCUGCACAGUUCAUCAUGUUGCCUCUUCCCACCUACUCGGUUGUGGAGAACCCCACCUCCAUCAAACUGACUACUACGUACACCCGACGGGGCCAUGGGACAUGCACCAGCCCAGGCUGCUCUUUCACAUAUGUCACCAGGCACAAACCACCUAAGUGCCCUACCUGUGGUAACUUCCUAGGAGGGAAGUGGAUCCCAAAGGAAAAGCCAGCCAAAGUCAAAGUGGAAUUGACUUCUGGAGUCUCCUCCAAAGGCUCUGUGGUUAAAAGAAAUCAGCAGCCUCUCACCUCUGAGCAAAAUUCUGCUAAGGAAAACUCUUCCAAACUGACUCUGGAGAACUCUGAAGCUGUAAGCCAGCUCCUAAGUAUAGCUCCUCAAAGAGACGUGGGUGAGGAGAAUGAGUGGGAGGAAGUGAUCAUCUCAGAUGCCCAUGUUUUGGUCAAGGAAACUCCUGGGAAUCGUGGUACAGCAGUCAUUAAGAAGCCAGUGGUCAAGAGUGGUGUGCAGCGUGAGGUCUCUCUGGGGACAACUGAGAAUGACAGUCCUGGACUAGACGUGCCACCACCAGCUGAGGGGACCAGCACCUCCAAUUCACUCCCUGCUCCUAAAAAGCCUACAGGAGUUGACCUGCUUAUUCCUGUGUCCAGAGCCCCAGAGCUUAAAGGCAGAGCACGGGGCAAGCCCUCGUUACUGGCUGCAGCACGACCCAUGAGAGCAAUUCUUCCAGCCCCAGCUACCGUGGGUCGAGGCAGCAGCAUGGGACUGCCCAGGGCCAGGCAGGCCUUUGCCCUGAGCGAUAAGACUCCCUCUGUGAGGACUUGUGGCCUGAAGCCAAGCACGCUGAAGCAGCUGGGCCAGCCCAUCCAACAGCCAUCUAGCACUGGUGAGGUGAAGCUACCAAAUGGCCCAGCCAACAGGACAUCUCAGGUGAAAGUUGUAGAGGUCAAGCCUGAUAUGUUUCCUCCAUAUAAGUAUAGCUGCACCGUCACACUGGAUUUGGGCCUGGCUACAUCAAGAGGUCGGGGAAAGUGCAAGAAUCCCUCUUGUAGCUAUGUCUACACCAAUCGGCAUAAACCGCGGAUUUGUCCCAGCUGUGGUUUUAACCUUGCCAAAGACCGGACUGAGAAAACCACCAAGGUUCUCGGAAAGAAGAUGGCACGCGGAACAACAGGUCAGGAUCCAAGAUGGAGCCCGGUUACUCCAGAUCUAAGCUGCACCUCACAGGAUGUGCAGGAUGUGGGUGGAAGGGGAAGGCACGCCAUAUACUCAAGGACUAGUAUGAGCAGAAGUGAAGAGGAGGCGAGCUCACCACUCUCGGAUGUGCUGAGCGCCACAGAGCCCCUGAGCGCAGCCCAGAGGGAGAUCCAGCGCCAGUCAACGCUGCAGCUGCUGCGCAAAAUCCUGCAGAUUCCUGAGAAUGAGUCAGAGCUGGCUGAGGUCUUCGCCUUGAUUCAUGAACUCAAUAGCUCUCGACUCGUCCUGUCCAACGUGAGUGAGGAGACAGUCACCAUCGAGCAAACUUCUUGGUCGAAUUAUUAUGAGUCUCCAUCCACGCAGUGCCUUCUCUGUAGCAGCCCAUUGUUCAAAGGGGGACAAAACUCCCUGGCCGGGCCCCAGGAGUGCUGGCUGCUGACAGCCAGCUGGCUGCAGGUGGUGACUGCCCAGGUGAAGAUGUGUCUGAAUCCCCAUUGUUUGGCCCUGCACAGCUUCAUGGACAUCUAUACAGGUCUCUUUAACGUGGGAAACAAGCUGCUAGUGAGCCUGGACUUGCUUUUUGCAAUCCGAAACCAGAUCAAGCUGGGAGAGGACCCCAGAGUAUCCAUCAGCACUCUUCUGAAGUCAGUGCAGGAUCAGACAGAGAAGACUCUUACCGCAGAGGAGCUGAGCCAGCUGCAGGAGCUGCUGUGCAAUGGGUAUUGGGCUUUUGAGUGCCUCACUGUCCGAGACUACAAUGACAUGAUCUGUGGCAUCUGUGGUGUGGCCCCCAAAGUGGAAGUUGCCCAGAGGAGUGAAGAAAACGUGCUGGCACUGAAGAGUGUGGAGUUCACCUGGCCUGACUUCUUGGCCUCUAGUGAGGUAAAUGUGGAGGACUUUUGGGCCACGAUGGAGACAGAAGUGAUUGAGCAGGUGGCCUUUCCCACCAGCAUCCCUAUCACCAAGUUUGAUGCCUCUGUUAUUGCCCCCUUCUUCCCACCACUCAUGAGAGGAGCUGUGGUCGUCAACACUGAGAAAGACAAAAACCUGGAUGUGCAGCCAGUACCUGGCAAUGGCGGUGCCUUGGUACGGCUGCUCCAGGAGGGCGCCUGCAAGCUUGAGGAGAUCGGCUCCUACAGCAAGGAGGAGCUGCACUGCCUGCUGAGGCAGUGUGGCAUCCCCUUCGGGGCAGAAGACUCCAGGGACCAGCUCUGCUUCUCCUUGUUGGCCCUCUACGAAUCUGUGCAGAAUGGAGCCAGAGCUCAACAGCCCCCACCUCAUCUCACAGGGGGUAAAAUCUACAAGAUGUGCCCCCAUCAGGUGGUGUGCGGCUCCAAGUAUCUCGUGCGGGGCGAGAGUGCCCUCGACCACGUGGAUCUGCUCGUCUCCUCCCGCCACUGGCCCCCUGUGUAUGUGGUCGACAUGGCCACACCAGUGGCCCUGUGUGCUGACCUCUGCUACCCAGAGCUGACCAGCCAGAUGUGGGGGAGGAAUCAGGGCUGUUUCUCUAGCCCCACGGAGCCGCCUGUGAGCGUGUCCUGCCCAGAACUCUUGGACCAGCAUUAUACGGUGGACAUGACGGAGACUGAGCACUCUGUCCAGCACCCGGUCACCAAGACUGCCACACGGCGCAUCGUCCAUGCAGGCACACAGCCCAGUCCUGGCGACCCCAGUGCUGGGCACCACUCCUUGGCCCUGUGUCCUGAGUUGGCGCCCUACGCAGCCAUCCUGUCCUCCUUUGCAGACAGCAAACCAAACAGCGUCCGCCAGCGGCCCAUUGCCUUUGACAAUGCCACCCACUAUUACCUCUACAACCGCCUCAUGGACUUCCUUACCAGUCGCGAGAUUGUCAACCGGCAGAUCCAUGACAUUGUGCAGAGCUGCCAGCCUGGCGAGGUGGUCAUCCGAGACACCCUCUACCGCCUCGGGGUUGCUCAGAUCAAGACGGAGACGGAGGAGGACGCUGAGGAAGAGGAGGUGGCCACAGCUGCAGAGUAAGCCGGGCUCUUGUGCAGGGACCGCACCAUCUCUCUCAAGCCAUAGUAAGGCCCUUGCCCGAGGCAGAUCCAUCCAGGGGACCAGCCUCUGAUGCUGGGACUGACCAAAGAGCUUCCAUUUCCUGAGCACGGUGGAGCCCAGGGUCCUUGGUUCUCAACCUUCUGGGGCUUCUGGGGGUCGGGAGAGGCACCAGGACACUCUUUACUAGCCCCAAAAGAGCACUUGGGUGGAACCAUAUGUUCAAUAAAGGGGCAGGGAGGCUGAGAGAAGGCAAGUAGCUGCUGGCUUCCCAGGGGCGCCUGUGGGUCGGGGUGGAGGUCCUGGGUGGGCCAAGGCUGCUGAGGUUUCCCUUCCCACCCAGGGACACCAUUUCCAGCCCCUGUGGCCUGUUGCCUUUGACUCGGGGCCUUGGGGGCUUCAUGAGCUCCAGGGGUCCCUUUGGGCUCUUGAUUCUCCCAGAGGAGGAAUGCAUUCCCCUCCUAUUCUUCCUGCACCCACAUCUGGGGGCAGCUGAGAAAGCGUGAGCCACAACUCUCUUCCAGGCCUAGCCUCCCUGCCCCAAGCUUUGAGGAAGAGGAUCCCCUUCCUGGUCACUGCUGCUGCUGCCUGCCUCCUCUCUGGACCCUCAUCACA